GAGGUAACGAUCAAAAUAAUGUCAGAGAAAUGGAGAGAUUCCUUGUCGAAUUUUAACAGUCUGGAAUACAAACAUUCUGAGAGAAAAAUAUUGAGAAACGUGAGAGAUUUCUAUGGUGACAAUACGCCAAUAAGCAGAAUAAAAGUUUUGAAACUAUGGAAAGGAAGCGUCUUGGCACUUGUGCAAAUACAUUUCUUUAAUAUUCUUUACUCCGGUGUGAUGGACAUACAAGACGAAAUAUUUCUGCAAAAUAAGUUAGGCCAAUUUGAAGUCAUUGGUAUAAAUAUGAAAAGCAUUGAUGUCCCGACAGUUCCUCCUAACAACAUAACAGCCUACAACAUCAGCUCACGAAGUAUUCUGGUAAAAUGGAAUGACAUUCCGAAAUCUCAGAGCAAUGGAAACCUCACGAGUUUUGUCGUGCUCUACAGUAGAAACAAGUCCAAAGAAUACACAGAAACAGUGUUAGAUCCAAACGUCUAUCACGUAAUUUUGAAAAACUUAGAGAUAUUUUAUCCAUACAGCAUCAGAGUAGUGGCACACAAUCGACGCGGAGAAGGAGUGGCGAGUUUACCAAUUGUUGUUUGGACGGAGAUGGAAGCCCCAAAUGCAGAGCCAGAGAUUCAAUCUUCCUACAAUCUCACUUCCACAAGUGUUUAUGUGCAUUGGUCCGCUAUUCCCAAAGAAAAUCAUCUUGGAAUACUGCUAGGAUACGAAAUCAAAUAUCGUUUGAAGGAAACAGAUGAAUGGACUUUGACAAGAUUAAAUGUAACUACACAAGACAUUGUCUUGGAUGGUCUCAAGAAGUUUUCUGUGUACGAAGUAACCGUCGCAGGAUUUAACAGGAUUGGCCGAGGACCAGAGAGUCGUGUGUAUAUCACAACAGACGAAGAUGUUCCAAGUGAACAUCCUACUGGCAUCAAAGUAGUAAACACCAGCUCAACAAGCCUACGAUUGUCAUGGAAAGUCAUUCCGCCUGAACAUAUCAACGGUAUUUUACGAGGAUACGGGAUAUUUUACAGAGCUGAGCAUGUUCACGUGUGGAACAACCUUACUGUACAGCCUGAUAUACAUAGUCUGGAGUUAUCUGGACUGAAAAAAUAUCAGAAAUAUUACAUACAAGUUGCAGGAUUGACAGUGAAAGGAAUUGGGAAACCUUGCAAACAAAUUCCGGUCAUGACAGACCAAGACAUCCCAAGUGUAGCCCCUCCUGACGUUCUGGCAGUCAAUACCAGCUCAACCUCGCUGCUCAUCGAGUGGGACCCACUUCCACAAGCACAAACACACGGAAUCCUCCUUGGCUAUGUUGUGUUCUACAAGAGACGAGCCUAUCGAAACAGACCAUGGGUCCUCCGCCGGACCACGCCGACAACCAGAGCAGUAGAAAUAGUCGGAUUAAGAAAGUUUACCAAAUAUAACAUCCAGGUCGCUGGGUUCACAAGCAAGGGAGUUGGCAAGAAGAGUAAAUUGUUUUUCGUACCAACAGGCGAAGACACUCCAAGCCGUUCGGUAAAUUUCUUAACCGCCAGAGCAUUAAGUUCCACCAGCAUAAAGGUGAAAUGGGGUCAGAUACCCCACGGAAUGGUUCACGGUAUGUUACGAGGGUACAAAGUAUUAUUUCGGACGAUAGAUGACGACGGCGAUUUCAUGGUGAAUAAAACGUUUCCAACCACGUACGAGAUCAUUUUGAAAAAUCUGUUGAAAUACACCAAGUACAGCAUUAGAGUUAUUGGUUAUACAAUCAAAGGGAAUGGUAAAGCAAGCAAUGAUAUUAACUGUACAACAUUUGAAGAUUUACCCUCACGACCACCACUUCACAUCAAGGUUCAAUCUCGCUGGAGCUCAACAGAAAUCCCGGUUACCUGGCAACCAAUCACGCCACCAUAUUUCGUCCACGGUAUACUUCGCGGAUAUCGUAUUAAAUACAAGCCUGUGAGAGAUACUUUGAAACCCAUUAACGCGACCUUCACGUGGGAUGAAAUAGGCCCUGAUAAACUGGAGUAUUUGAUCCGAGGAUUGCAGCCGUUUACAACUUAUGUUGUUCAGGUGUUGGCCUUCACCUCAGUGGGAGAUGGGGUGGAAAGCGAGCCGGGUUAUGGAGAAACCUGCAGUUGCCAGCGAGUAUUUACAAGCAACUGGUGGCAGUUGAUACCGUAUACCACAGUUGAUGAAGACAAGGCAAUUGGGAUUUUUCCAGAUAUCCUAAAGAACGCUAUAGAGUUUUGUUGUCUUGACUGUGUGCACGGACAUGCUGCAAGCAUAAACUUCGUAGGAACAAACAAAACUAAAUCACUCCAGCGAGGAAUCAUUGAAGUUAAAGAUAAUCUUCGAGAGGAAAUUGAUUUUCAUUUUCCAAUCUUUGGAACGCAAUACAAGACGACGUAUGGCAAUGGAUUUCCAUAUGUUCCUCUUGUUCAUUCACCAGGAGCUGUGUUUCUUAUCAGCUCGCGUAACGAGUUCAAUGAAUCUGAUAAGGUCAUGGAAACUAUUCUCACGUCCUGGACUUUUAUCGUCGUGUUGAUACUAUUAUCGUAUUUCGUCGGCCUGAUCAUGUGGCUAGUUGAACGUAAGGACAACCCCAAGUUGUUCAACGAAUCGUUUUUUUAUGGCCCUUGGGAUGGAUUUUGGUGGAGUUUUAUUACAGUCACAACUGUCGGAUAUGGGGACAAAACUCCAAAGACCGUGCUUGGUCGCUCCAUAGCUAUCAUAUGGACGAUGUGGGGUCAGAUCAUGGUGGUAAUGCUCGUAGCCCAAAUAACAAGCAAAAUAUCUGCUGGAAUCAUUGGAGAAGAAAUCAGAGUUUAUGGAAAAAAGGUCGCAGUGAUACAGAACUCGUCAGAAUACAGACUUGGAGUAAAGAAAAACGCCAUAUAUGAUCCAGAUGUUCACUACUCAAAUUUAAAAGAAAUCUACGAUGAUUUGGUGAACCACAAAGUUUUUGGUGCGUUGAUCGAUACCUACACGGUCGCGAGUGCCACGGAUUUGUUCAACGAUGCAAAACUGACUGUGAAUAAUAUAUUUGAUUAUUCUCUCAACUAUGGAGUCGUGCUUGGCGGGGGAAAGGACGGAAACUACAACCUUGUCUUGAGCACUAUAUCCAACAAGAAACAGAGGAAAUCCAUCAUGCUGUUGUAAAACACGUUAAGCCAUUGAAGGAUGUUUUAACGAGAAACGUGAGAGUGGAGAAGACACAAAGCCUUUUCGAUGCAACUUCACACACAUAUCAACAAAUGAUUAUCGCUGCUUCUGCCUUGCUCGGAACCUUUGUCCUCUUGGGAAUUAUGAAAGAAUUAAUUUCAAAAUAUUUGCCUCAUUUUAAAAUGCCGAUAGACACAAGAGCAAUGGUAGCCCGCGCGAGAGAUCGUGCAUUCGAGUCUUGGCAGGAAGCUGUGAUGGCAAGAGUGACUCCAGAUAAUACUUUCACAAGGCAAAUGAAACGACGAAUUCAACGUGCUAAAAGAAGACACCUGAAAGAAAUAAAAGCGUACAUAAAGGAACGUCAGAAGGCUGAGAAACGCAUAGAAAGAGCUUUGAAGAGAGAACAAGCGAAGAAGAAACGCGAGGCAGCAAAGAAGGAACGAGAGGAAGCGAAGAGAAAACGAGAAGAGACCGAAGAUACCGAUGAGAAUUGGAGUGAUGGAAAUUUGUCAAGUACAGACUCACUAGGAUCGGUUACGAAAAAUAAUAAGAAUAUUUGGGAGGAUAUUGAGCAGUUGGAAGGGAUAUUUUCACUGGUGUGAGGAUGCAGAGUUAAGCCCCUGGUACACGGUGCAUUCUUCUUGCAACUCAACUCUUCUACUUUUAAGAGACGUAAAUUAGUGAAGAGCCUUAAAAAUGUUAGUGUAAGAGGAGCCAUGGAGUUUAAUAAUUUCCUGCUGUUAGGCUAUUUAAAUUGUAUUUUUUUAAUAAAAGAUGAAACUGUGAAUAAAAGAUGCCAGUGACCUUCUUCUACCUUUAC